AUGGAGCUCGGCGACAGCGUGUACGCCGCCGAGCGUAUCAUGAAGAAGAGGAUUAGAAAGAACAAAGUGGAGUAUUACGUGAAAUGGAAAGGGUGGAAGCCGAAACACAACACGUGGGAGCCAGAGGAGAACAUACUCGAUCCGAGAUUAAUACAAAGCUUCGAGCGAGGCGAAGAGCAGCGGAGACAGGGGAGGAAGCGCGAACGCGACCACUCGCCAACGGAGCGCGCGCGCAGCGGCUCCGAGGAGCGUCACCCGCCGCCCGGGAAACGCAAAGCGGAGGUGCUCUCCAGAGAGUCGGGAAAGAUUGGCGUCACGAUAACGAUGAGCCCACCGGCCAAAAGGCACGACUCGACAAAAGUGAACGGUGGCAGGACGCAGCACUCGCUGCCGCCGCCCGCAGCGCCACCUGGCGGCGCGGCCGCGCCCGCCUCGCCUGCCGCAGAAGCCGCCGCGCCCCGCACUGGACCAAGAAGGGCUCCACACUCACCGGAAGAAGCGGACGCCCACACACCACCCGAACGUGAGCGGCGAACUGACACUCAACCGACGGCGACGGCGCCCGCUGAGCCCAAAGGCGCCCGGCCGCCCCCGCUAGUGAACACCCCACAAGCCGCUCCGCAGCCAGACGACGAGGACUCUUGGGGUGAAGCGCCAACCGUCCCUCCUCCACCGCCCCCUCCGGCCCCGCGACGCGGUGCCGCCUACUGGAUGUCGAGGUCCCCCGUCGCCGACCAGAUCUUCAUUACCGACGUAACUGUUAACCUUCAAACCGUCACCAUAAGGGAAUGCCGCACAGAGAAGGGUUUCUUCAGGUCGCGCGAGCCCCGCUCCCUCGACGUCACGUAA